UGUAAAGAUGCCGCAAUUAAUUACGCAGUUAAUUGUCACGGCAGCCGUAAUAACAGUUUGUGCUGCCGUUGCAUUGCAGCAACCUCUGUUAGCAAAUGCCCACGGUCCCGCAACAUACAUCCCCUGUCCCUAUUUCUGCGUUUGCCGUGAAACAUUUUGGAAAUGUUCCGACAGCAAGGCAAAUCUGUGGCCGUUAGACAAUCAGCCAACCGCGAUCGUGAAGGGAGUGCAGAUGCUGGAUAUGACCGGAUCGGAUGUCAACGUUCUCCCCAACUGGCCGCCAACCCACAACUUCCCUGAUCUGCAGAUGAUUUUUCUGUCUCAGACUGUGUUUGACGGUUCCCGUCGCUGUAGAGAGUUGGAGUGUCUGGAGAAGUUGGGACUGCGAAUUAUCGCCAACCGCUGCCCGGCAGAUUUACGCAGUGGAUGUGGAUUUCCUCCAUGCUGUUCGUGGACUUCCGCUCAACCGCCUUCUCAGUCGCCGGUCUCGACGGUUACUGAGUCUUGGUCAACCACCGCAAUUCCUCGGGAUAGAGACUCGAGCACCCGGGCCAUGACUCCAACCGGCGCUGACGCUAGCGGUAAGACCACAGCAGCAACAACACCUUUCAGCGUUAUCAUUAUUGUUUUCCACUACUGCUACACCGUUGCCGUUGACGCGGCCGCCGCUCCCGUCCACUGCAGCGGCUAUCACUCACCGGUCCACACGACGAUGGACAUUGACCACCCCACCACCGCCGUCACCACCACAACAACGGCAGGCGGUGGCAGUAAGCUCAUUUUCGAGAAAGACUACACCAUCAACAACGUCGUCAUCACCUCGCCCGCUCACCACCACCCCCACCACUACUGCCCAUAG